AUGGAGUGGACGGGGGCGAUCGGGAUAUCGCUGCCGGGAUUAGUGACGCGCGUGGAGGGCGAGAGAGGCGAUGGGGCGAGAGGGACGAUGGCGAGGACGGACAUCGAACGCGCGGUGAAGCAGGCGACGGGGUGCGAGACGUCGAUUUCGAGCGGCGCCGAGGCGUGCGGGGCGGCGGAACUGGCGUACGGUGCGGGCGUGGAACUUUCGGGCGGAGAGGCGAAGGGAUUAGUGAUGUUUUGCAUGAUCGGUGGGCGGUUCAGCACCAGUCUGUACGAUGGAGGGAAGGUUGUGAAGAACUUUGCGGGCGAAAAGUUGAGCGACGGCGACGGCGACGUCUCGGGAAUAUCGACUUUACCCGACAUCGGUGGCGCAAACGAUACCGACGAGGCGUGGACGGCGUUUGGUGAACGCGUGCGCGAGUACUUGAGCGAGCUCGAGCGAAAGUAUAAGCCGGACGUCAUCAUUCUCGGUGGUAAAGCUGGUCAAAAUGCCGACAAAAUUAUGGACAAGUUGACCGCGCUUAACACGAAAGUCGUGCCGGGGACUCUGGGCUUCGUCGCCGGUGUCAAGGGUGCGGCGUUACUAGCGAAACAGCAAAUUGGCUUGCGCGAAACGCUCGCGCAAGUGCGCGAAGCCGUAGGCGUCCAGACUGGCGUGAGCCCUCAAUUCGUCUCGGAUGAACAGUUGAAGAGCGUCUUCGACACAUUCGACACGUCGAAGAACGGCGUUUUGGAACUCAAUGAACUCGUCGACGCGACGCUCGCGCUCAACGUGGUGGAAGAGCGAAGUGUCGACUGA